AGGAUGCCCUCCUCGAGCACCUCAGCCCCAGGAGCAGCGGGCAGCGGUCUCACGCAGACUGGCCUUGUUUGAGCUUAUGUGCUCCAGCGUUACCUGGUGUCCCGGCUCUUCUGCUCAGCAAGUGUGGCUUCUCGUUUCAAUUACCCAUCGAUUACCACAGCGCAGCUACUGCAGUUCAUUUCAGCACACAUAAAAACCCCCAUCUUCCUCCUUGAAGACCUUCUGCCAGUUCUAUGGGUUUUGAGGAACCAACUAAUUUCCUGGAAGCUUUGCGGCAUACAUAACUGAUACGUCAGAAAAGCAACUGGGAAGUGGUUUGCAGAAGCAGCCAAACACAAUUCUUUCUCCAUGCGUUCGUACAUUGCAGAAAUUUAUGCAAAGGGCUAUGGAUUUUUUAUUAUUAUUAUGGGGUUUUUUUACUUUGACAGACCUUACCUGAGUUUUCGGUCUUCAGCUGUGUUUUGCAGCUUUUCUGCCCUGUAGAGAGCCCAAGGCUUUUCCUGUUGCACAAGGCCUCUUCCCAUUCCCUCAAACAUAGUGCGUCAGGUUGUUGUAUGUGUGGUGUGGUUUUCCUUUCAUUCAGAGUUUAUACUUUUGUGAAACUACUGGGUAGGAAAAGUGACUUUUGGAGGAAAAAGCAUGGCAUACCACACAGAAAAGCCCACCCUGACCAGCAUUGUUCUUCCUGAGGAGCUCUGCUAGGGCAUGCACCAGAAAAGCAGAUCUGGAUGACAGCAAGCACCAUUUUGCAGUGUAAAGCCGUCAUGGUUUGCCCUAACCCUGGGCAAAUCCAGCCUGGAUCAGCUGGAAUCAAAGUUCUGCUUGAAUCACUCAACAAGAACGAGCAAUCAGCCAAUGGCCAGUCCCAGUCCAGGGAGUCCACAAACCCUCAGUUCAAGAAAAUGAGCGGGAACUUCCCAUCGGCUAACGGGGAGGCUGGUGGGGAGGCCCCCAAGGGCUACACUCAGGACCAGGUGGAUGCAGUGAAGAGGGUAAAGCAAUGCAAAGAUUACUAUGAAAUUCUGGGAGUAAACAGAGAAGCUUCUGAUGAGGACCUGAAAAAGGCUUACCGGAAACUUGCACUGAAGUUUCACCCAGAUAAGAACCAUGCACCAGGGGCUACAGAGGCAUUUAAAGCCAUUGGUAAUGCGUACGCAGUAUUGAGCAACCCAGAGAAGAGGAAGCAAUAUGACCAGUUUGGAGACGAGAAACUCAACCCAGCUCGGCAUGGACACAGUCACUCAGACUUCCAUCGCGGGUUUGAGGCAGACAUCUCCCCCGAGGACCUCUUCAACAUGUUUUUUGGUGGUGGUUUUUCUUCUAGUAACGUUCACGUGUACAGCAACGGCAGGAUGCGAUAUACCUACCAUCAGAGGCAGGACAGACGAGAACAUCAGGGUGACGGUGGCCUUGGGUUGUUUGUCCAGCUGAUGCCUAUCCUCAUCCUGAUCAUUGUGUCUGCUCUCAGCCAGAUGAUGGUCUCCAGCCCACCCUACAGUUUGAGCCAUAGGCCGUCUGUGGGUCACAUACACAGGAGAGUGACAGAGCACUUGAAAGUCAGCUACUACGUAUCUGAGAACUUUGCAGACGAGUACACGGGCACGAACCUGAAAAAUGUUGAAAAGAGCGUGGAGGACGACUACAUUGCAAACCUUCGAAAUAACUGCUGGAAAGAGAAGCAGCAGAAGGAAGGCUUGUUGUACCGGGCACGCUACUUUGGAGACUCGGAUCUGUACCAGCGAGCACAGAGGAUGGGCACCCCCAGCUGUAGCAGACUGUCAGACGUUCAAGCCUCCCUGCAUGGAUAGUCACCGCCUGCCCGCUCAGCAGAGGUCUAAGUACGAGCUGGUGACGCUUCCCCUGGCAGCAGAGCAGAGCACAAUAGUGCUUUUAAUACUUACUUAAAUCUCUGUUUGAGACACAGAUCCUCAUGAGUCUCCUCUGGAUGCACACGCGUCAUGGGGGGAAGCACCCCCCACUGUCAAGCAUACACUCGUUAAUUGGGAAAUUGAUUUUGUUAGUUUGCAUGUCGGCUCUCUCCAAGCUCCCUGUUUUCUCUGGCACUGGCAGUGUUGGGUCUCUAGGAACAGAGCAAAAGCCCCGGCCUUGUUGGCGAUGCAGCUGAGGUCUUGUCAACUGUGCUUUCGAUAGAGCAGCCAUGCGCGCCUCGGCUGGUUGGGAGCUUUUUACUGGCCAUGGCAGCCAGCUGCCAUGUUCUAAUGAACCCUUUUUUGGUUGCUUUAUUGUCUGUCUUACUGAAAAAGCUGUCGUCCCCUGGCACUUGAAGCAAUAUGAUGACAGGGAAUGCGCUCCUACCAAACAGAUGUUCCUUGCCCCUCCUGUUGCCUUCCCAUGGCACUCAAGGAGAACAAAGCAAAUGGCCAGAGUUCACAGCAGGCGGUAGAAGUAACUUACUGUGUUAAACUGGGAAUCAGAGUAGAAACAGCUGAGGGGGAGCCUGGAAGACUCAGGGGUUAGAGAGCUUGGAUUAAGGCGAGCCCAGGGAGCACGUGUGAGACCAGGUGUGCUGGGUCACAGGAGAACUGCACCAAAAUAAUGAAAAUAUUGGCAUGCAUUUUGGAGUCCUUUUUCUGCUUAAUUAUCUGAGUGAUCUCACCUACCAGAUAUAGUGCUGGGAUGGCUGUAAAACACCCAGGCCCCUCCUACCGCAAAGUUAUUGGAGAACAGGGUUUCUAUAGAAAAUAAAUCAGAGGUGAAGCUUGCCCCAAGCGUUAGUUUUACAGACAACAUUUAGGCUUGCGAAGACCUCUUGAAGAUGUCGGACAUCUAGCUGCUUGAUUUGUAGGCACAAGUAAGGAGGUUUAGCAGGGGAGGUUUUGUUUGGUUUUUGUUUUCCUUGGCAAAGGGAGUGCGCCUGAAAGUUUGGCCUCUAAAGCAAAUCCUCUGGGUCACGUUCGGCCUUUUUUUGGGUGUAUCCUGUUUUUGGAGCCAUUCUUAUCUUGAUACACCCACUCUCCUGUUUUGAUAACGGCGCCUCUUCUUUCACGACAGACCAGCAUUAAUUACCUGCUUUUCUUCAAUUGCCUCUCUGUACCUGUGGUCUGAAAAGAGAGCUGCUCUUAGGCAGAGGGCCCGCUGCGGGCUGAAACAGUGCGAUUAAAAAGGCUGCUGCCUGUAAUGUGGGGGGAAGGAACAGGGAGGUACGGCGACGUGCGCUUGUCGGGAGGCUGACACCGCUACCGCUUUUGUCCCCAGACUCUUAAAAUGCCUGAAGACUUUUGGUGAAGUGCACUGAGUCGAGGUGACAGACUUGCUGUUUAAAAGAAUCAAACCUUAUCUUAUAAAUGGAAUUGGAGAAUUAGCAACGCACAACUGCCCCCUUUCUUCUCUCUGCCUGCCUCUGCCGUUCGACCUACGUCUGGGGCAGCGAUGAGGACAGGAAAUCAAGCUGCCCAUGUUCCUUCUUCCCUUCUGACACCACUAGUGUGCAACAGUCUUGUUGCUCCUGGGAUCCCACAUGCCUGAGAACAGACACGUAGAGUGUAAAAACCCACAAACUGACUGCAGAAGCCAUGAAGCUGAAGGAUGCCCUUCGCGACCACGCUGGUCACUGCCGAUGGAGAGAGGAGUUGGACGAUUUGGUGAUAAAACUCUAAAAAAAAGGAAAAAAAAAUAUAAUCUAUUUAGAAUUAAUUUAUAGCUGUAUAUAUGUUGUACUUUUAAACUAUGCAGGGGUUGGAUGAUUAAAUUAUUUUGUUUCCUGCACGGUUUGGUAAACAGGGAAGCGGGAAGUCUCUUCCCAGGGUGUCUCGUUCUGCAGCGCUUUCCUGCCUGACACACUAAAACAAGAAUCACUUUUCAGUUACUGUAUUUUGCUUUCUGGAGGACAGCAGCAUUCUGCACCUUAGGAUGUCAAUACCUGCCUUUUGGGUUUUAAUAAAAGGAAUUCCGCUCUGUAGGGGGUAACAGAGAAAUGGGGGAAGCUGUCCAGAUUCAUGGUGUGGUUCUGCCGCGUUGGCAGAAGCUGCAGCAGGUCAGCUGAGCCCCGGCGUUGCACUCGGUGGCAGGAAGGAUUGUCCUGGAUGGGUUUUGCUCAUGAGUCGUUGGGUUUAUUUGUGCACGUAACUUCUUUUUUUGCAGAGUCUGCUUUGAUUUUGCCUCGUAAUCAGCGUGCAGCAUUCGUUCUGUAAAGAGGGCUUUCCACAAGCCGCCUCCCUUUGUUGGGGUUGUUUCUGGUCUGCCCUACACUUGGGGUUCCUCACCCACCAGCAUUCCUGUUUGCAAUGUGGCCGUGGCCUUGACACCCUAUCUAUCUCUAAUGUUUCCUAGAAGAGACCUGUAAAAUACUGCUAAUUCAUAAGAAACAGAGCUUCCUAUUGCUUCUGUUGAAAGAAGUGUUGCUGGGGGAGAUCAGCGGGUGCGCUGGAGCUCUCCUCAGACCGCCCUGAGCUCUGCAGCGCACCUCGUGCUCCAUCACCGCCGGGCAGGACUGGCAUAAGGGUGGCGGGAGGGUGCUCGAGGUUAGGAACCAUCUCUUCAAAUCAAAGCUGGCACGAGCCGAGCUACCUUCUAUGGGAUAAACUGGAUUCUUUCUCUUGACACUCUGCAGUUAGUUUUUGUCUAAAGACAUUUCCAGUGAGAGCCGUCCCCCGACCCGCUUAGGGGAAUGAGUCAGAAGCACGGCAGCUCCUGGGUGGGAUGGCAGGGGCUGGAAGAGGUGAGAGGUAGGGUGGUUUUGUUUCUUUGUCGUUAGGAACCCACGUGCUCUGUCUUCAGCCAUUUAUUUAUUUUGCAAAAUACUGGCCCACCUGUUAGCUGCAAGCCUUAUCCCCCCACAGCCACCAUUACUUGGACCUGAUUUUAAAGGGUUGGGGUUCCUUGGUUGUUUUGUUGGGUUUUUUUAACGAUUCUUCUACCUUUGGUUGGAAUUGGAUGGAAGUUGAAUGGCAUUUGGAGAUAGCUUUUACUGGAGGCACAGGCUAGCCAGCACAAAGAGAUUGUGAGGAGGGGGUGAAACAAGAAACACGUUGACAGAAGGUGCUGAAUGUCUUGCACAACAGCAUUCCUUGCCCAGAGCCUGCCCACCAAACCCUUUUGAUUAUAUUUUUCCAAGUAGAUACCAAUGGAUAAUAAUGAGCCAGAAGGCGUAGAUCCUAACGGAUGCUCACAGCGGCUCUAUCUCUCUAUUUAGAAUUAAUUAUACAAUUGUACAUCUAUAAAUAAAUGUUUAUAAUGUGAAAGGC